CGGUGCUCUGACUUCUGUGAAAACAUAUUCUUUCAGACCUAUUCUUGACUGGUGUCGUGUAGAUCUGGUGAGAUGUAAAGCAUUCAGGACAAGCUGCUUUUUGUCAGCAGGAUAAUUCCGCCUUGCUAGCAACAAGUUCUUUUUGAGGCUGCAGGUGCAUAAUGCUGGAAGUCUUUUGUUUCCCAGGUUUUUUUGUUGAGAGCUGAAUCUGUCCCUUUCAGUCAUUGCUGCUCUGCCAGACAUGAUUGUCUGCUGAGAAACAGGAAGAGAGUAGUGCCUGUAACACUUUGAGGAGUGAGGCUGGUGGAUUUGAGAUGAGGAAUUCAUAAGGAAAGUACCGAAAGCCUUUGGCAAACUAGGCAAGAUGUGACGGGAAAUACACGUGCUCCUUUGUUUAUAUUUCUUCUUCUUUUUCUUCAGAGCAAAGAAACAUUCAGAAGAACCUGAAUUUUGGUCUGUAUUUGGGCACUAGAAGUCGAGUAGACAUUUCUCAUCCCUGGCUUGAGGCUGCAGCAUUCAGCGUAAGCCCAGGCAGACAGCAGCACAAGGCUGGUUGUGUUCCACACCUCUCACCUGGGAAGAAAGAUCCCAGUCUGAGACAGACUAAUCUCUCCUGCCCUUCUCAGCCGUUCCAGGACACUGCCACUCAGUUCUCCAGUUUCUGCUUCCUGCAGCAGAACAGUCUCUGCUCUGGGCUGCAGCACAACAAGUGUGUGGCUUACAGAGUCCCCAUCUUGAUUUGUCAGUGCUCCCUGCUGAGAAUGUCCCUCGCACCUUGAGGCUUGUGGUUUAGAAGGGAGAAGGAGUGAGAGUAUUGACUUUCCUCAACAACACCAUCAGGAAGCAAAGGCAGCUCGUCCCUGCUCCACAUACACAUCCUAGUCAUCACUAUUUACGAAGUAGGAACAAGAAUAGUGGCUAUCCAGUGGAAAAACCAAGAGCAUCAGCCUCCUGGCUGCUUCUUGUAUGGAUCCUGUGAACCCUUCCCUGGUCAAUGCACAUUUGUCAUCUCACACUGCAGAUUUCUCUCUUAGGCGUGAGGUAGGGGUGUGUCCCUCUUCAAGGAGCUCUAGUGAAAGUGUGAAUGCUUGUGGUAGUUCAACCCGGACCUCGGGGGAUCUCAAUCCAUCUGGUUUGGACUCCUUUCAGUCUCUUUUGCAAUCCUCCCAGGUUUCUGCUAGCUUGUACUGUUCAAUCCAGAGGCUUAAGCAGGAAAGUGCUUGGAUGGGGAUACGGGGCUCCCUCCCUCUGGAGUCCAGGUCUUCUCCAGUCGGUGGCCGUUUGUACUUGGCUCCUGAUGAUGCAGCUCCCGGUAUCCUGGCCUUGGGAGAACAUCUAGCUGCAGCCAGAACCAGUGCUGCCCAGGCAAGAUUGAAAUGGGGUGUCCCCUUUGCUAAAGACUGGAGCCUUACUGCAGUGGCAAGGGAAUUCAGUCAUGCAGAACCUCCCUCUGUCUCUCACAGAUAUGGACACGUGGACUCAAACACGUGGAGAAUAAAAAUUUCAGGUGUCAUCCAACCACAAACCCUUGCUUUUAGAGUGGGCUCUGGCAGCCUAGCGGACACAGAAGCAGAAUCCUCCUACAAUUGGUCCCCUUAUUACAGAUUGCAUUCCCCAGCAAAGCCAGCUCUGGAAACUGCUAGUGUUUAUGUUCACACAGAAAGCCAUUCCCCAAAAGAGGUUCUUAAAGGAGAAGAGACAUCUAACGGGGCAUCUCUGUGUGAUGAACCUUGGAAGAAAGACCUUCCAGGCAGUCUGUAUCCGGAGGGUCUGCGGGUGUCACUGGAGACAGAUUUCAGGGGGGCUCAGAUGAAUGUUGGUGUAGCCAUGUAUGGAACUCCACAGGAAGUGUGUGUGAGGGUCGAUUCUCCUCCUGGAGAUAAAGAGUUUAGCCCAGGCCAGCAGCUUAGUGUUAAGUCUGUAGAAGUCAACAACUCUGAACCUGGUGUUAAGUGCAUCAAAGAGUCAGAAGAUGUGUGUGACCCCAGAUCAGGAGCAGCCGGAAGCUCGGCUGUGGUGGGCAGCAGCCAGUCCAGCCCUUUGGGGAUUCAGGGUGAAGAAGGCUUUGGUGAAUGUUCUCAUGUAGAUUUUAUGAAUGUGAGCAGAGAAGAAACGAACAAAUACUCCUACCAAAGCAGCUGGAAGAAUUUGGAAGAUGAUGCCAGUCUCAACCAGUCUGAAGAACACUCUGUGGAGAGGAGUGCCAAAGAGCUACGGUGCUGUGAAGAAGGGAGCCAGACACAGGGAACUGUGUCCAGAGAGGUCUCUGAGAACAGCGUCUGGUCAUUGAAGGUGAAUGAACAAAGUUUCCAGCACUUGUGUGACAGAGAAAUCCUAAGAAGGUGUUUCCAAGCCUGGAGGAGGCACGUCCUUUGGAAAAGGGCUGCAGCCUGGCAGCUCUACAGUGAGCAGCUGCUGCGGAAGGGGCUCGGUGCUCUGCAGUGGGCUGCGCACUGGAGGAGGACACAGCUGGAGGUGGCCCGGCGGAGACAUGCUAACACUCUGCUGGCUGCCAGCUUCCACAGGUGGAAGGGAGCUGUGGCUAAAUGGAGCAAGAAGGACUCUCUGCAGCCUGAGCCGUAUUCUUACACCCAAAGUUCAUCAGCAGGGGGGUUUGGAGUAGGAAGAUUAGCAACUAUGACAACCUCAGCUCAGCAUCAGCUUACAACAGGAUACCCAAAGGAAGCAGAGCAGGCUCGUAGGGUGGAGGGAGAGCUGUGGACACAGCUUCGUCAUAGCAAGAGAAAUGAGUUCUGCUGGAGAGCUGAAGCCAUCAGAGACAUGAGGCGCCUGGCUGCAGCUUUCAGACUGUGGCGCCUGCAGAAGGAGGUGCUGAGCAAAGAGGAGAUCAGGCUCUCAGAAGCCCGUGCCCUGCUGGAAAAGAAGAAGCUACGAAACCUUCUCUGGGUGUGGCAUUCCCGAUACUUGGAAAUGCGGCAGCUUUUAGCACUGACAGCUCAAAUCCAAAGAAGUUCAGUCUCCCGGUGCUUCAGUACAUGGAAGGAGGCUGCUGAGCAGAAGGCACUUGAGAGGUGCAACCUGGCCCAUUUCAGAGCAGUAUCACUGAGGAAGCACUUCCAGCUGUGGGUUGAGAUGCUGCAGGUCAAAGAAGGUGAUAAGCAGGCAGUGGUGAACCUCUUCCUCCUACAAUGGAGGCAGCAUCAUGGAGCAGUUAUAAGCUCUGAAGCUGACAAGAGAGGGACAAAGAGGCCUGAAGUUCAGCCAUUGUGGACUGUGGAGAGACAGUUUCUGGAGAGAACAGACUGCUCUUUUGAUGACGUCUGCCAAAAGCUGAAGCUGCAGAGGGCAUAUCUGCUGUGGAAAGCAAGGCUGUGCGAGCAUCACAAAGCUGAUUAUUUCUCUCAGACUUUGGAGCAGUGUAAACUCAGAAAAGCUCUGAAACUGUGGCACCAAAAGUACCUCACGCUGAAGACAAUUGAACAAAGUUCUAAGAACUCACCCAGAGCUGUUAAUGAGGAACCUCAUGCCACGCUGUUUUCUGAGGACCUCUCAACAUCGUCUGGCUUUGACAGCAGUGCUGCAGCUACUCUGAACUCUCAAAGCUCAUUGGAAAAGGAGUGCAGUCUGAGUGACAGCAGCCAGCACGGCUUCUCCCUUCUCAUCUCUGAGGAUGUCACACACCUGCCAUGUCACAGUUCUUUCCUGCAACUCCACCAGUGCACAGAGCUGGGCAGGGAGCUGUGCUUGCAGACCUCCUUUCCUCCACAGAGCACUGCAGCUGGAAGAAAUUGGUUUAUGGGAGAUCAGUUCCAGACUUUGGUGCUACAGAGUCCAGAUGAUAAUAACCAGCUUAUCACCAGUUACUCUGCAUGGGAAGAGGACUACAAUUCUGACAAGGAGGUGAAGAGCUGCUGGCAGCAGGCAGAGAAAUGCUGCCUGCAGAGGUACUUCAUUAUUUGGUCAGCUCGGACUCAACAACUUGUAAAGGUCCAGCAGUACUUCAGGAACAUUCAGCUGUCUCGAGCCUUUCUCAGCUGGCACCACUGGGUCGUGGAAAAUAAGAACAGAAAAGCAGCAGCAGCCCUAAAAUAUGGAGAUCAUUGCUGCCAGAUGGCUUUCAGCCUGUGGAAAAAGAGACUGGCCCAGAAAGUGGAAGUUGACCGGAGAUUCACGUGUCACAUGCACCAGAUCACUGCUGAUGCUCUGAAGCACUGGCAUUCCUGCUGGCAAAGGAAUCGUGCUCUGAGGGAGCUGCAGCAGCAGUGGGCUCAGCACAACUGCCAGGAGAAGAAGAGGCUGGUCCUGCAGACAUGGUAUUACCAAACAAUGAAGCAGAAACACGCUGCUUCCUUCUGGCAACGUCUUCUCCAGCACAGGUGCCUCACCACCUGGGCCCAGGUCACUGCGUGCAGUCUGAGGCAGCAGGAAGCCCUCUCUGAGUUCAAAAGGGUCAGAGAGCACCGUCUCUUACUUGUGAGCUUUUCUGAGUGGAGGAACAAACUCUUGGAAGCCAAACAGAGAAUGCCAGGAGAGAGAAACCACGAGUGGCAGUCCCCCUCUCCAGGUAAAGCCUGUCACCGCUGGCGAGUGGCUGCACGGGGACAGCAAGCCCUGCGCCUGGGAUCUGCAGCCACUGUCGAACAGGCCUGCAACUACUGGACCAAAGCAGCUGCCUUUUCCCAGUGCUUACGACAGCGCAGUACCCUCAUAGGGGCUAGGAAGAGGAGGAAGAUGGCUCUGUCCUGGUCCCUGAAAAGCAGAAGAAGCAGAGAAGAGGGUUCAGCACCAGCUGGACUUUUUCCCAGUGCCAUUCAGCGCUGGCUGGUGAUCUACAGAAACCAAAACAGGGCCGAAAGGCUGCGGCUCCCUCACCUGGUGGAGAGACCUGAUGUGGUAGGAUCCUCUCCUGCACAUGCAGGGAUCGAGGAGAACAAAGCAGAGGUGGACUUGGAGGAGUGGGAUGAGGAACGUCUCGGGAGGAAAUACCUGAGGUGGUGGCAUCGCACAGUGGUCCUUUGCCGGCAGCAGCGGGAAAGGAGACUGCUCUGUCUGGCAAGAGGGUGGCACCAGUGGAAGGAAGCCAGCAAGGUGGUGACACUGGCUCAGGUGUUGGACCGGCAGCGGCUGAUAGAAAAGGCCUGGAGGGUGUGGAGGCGAAGAUAUUUGCAAAGCUGUGUGGUGCAGAAUUUUUUGGAGGAGGAAGCCAGGAGCCUCCUGUCCCAGGCCUUUGAAAGGUGGCAGCAGCUCACAGCAUUCCAGCUCAAGGACAAAGGACCCUGCUGAAUAGAAGGGGACUGCCUGCAGCUGCUGCUCAUUUCAGGACACGUGGAGGAUGUGGCUCCUGUCACAACAAAGAGCUGGUCCUGUGGGGUCGAGAAAGAGAACACUGCCCUUGUGAUAAAAGCAGUGCUGCAGGCCAGAAGGGUGGCAGCCAAAGGACAACCAGGAACACAUGGUACCUAGUCAAAGAUCCUCUUUAAAUGACUUGUACCCUACCUCCUUAGCAGCACAAAUGGAGAAGUUACCCCCCCCAUUGUUGUGAGGUCGCAUUCCCUUCUCCUCUGGACCCUGCUUUCACUGGAGUUCUGAUUAAAGGUCACAAAACCG